GGCCGGCCUCAACAUCCUGCAGCUCUCUGAGCUACCCCCUCGACAAGUCCAGGAAAUGAAAGACGCCGAGGCGCGAGUCAGGAGGCUACAGACAAACGCGGGUGUGGGGGGUGGAAGGGGAGAAGGAACCGAACAUGUGUGUGGUGUGGGUUGAUGUAUAGCUCGUGGCAGCAGCUCGGUGCGACUUCGUCCCCAGCAGCUGACGGUUGCCGGUAGCCCUGCAGCAUCCCCCGAAGGAGGAGCAUGGCAUCACUGAUCGUCUACUGCACAACAUUGCCCAAGAAGCAACAUGGGAUGCUUCAGCCAGGCGCGGUCAAGGAUGAGCGUCAGGCGAACGUCCAGCUACCGCCCUCGGCCGUGGAGCACAUGCAGGCAGUGGUCCAACGAUCGGAGGCCGCGGGCGACUCGAGGGUGAUGGACGUAGGGGCCGGCACCGGGAUCCUCCUCCGAUUCUUGCAGGGUGCCGGCGUCAAGCAGGAGAAAUACGUUGGGGUGGACCUUUCGUCCGUCAUGGUCGAUGUGGCGAGCAAACGCUACCCCCACGCCACCUUCCUCAAGGCCGACUUCCUUGACUACUGCGGGGACCACCUAUCGUCCGGCGGGGAAGGGUUCUCGCACGUGUUCUUCAACGGCUGCCUCCACAACUUCCUCGAGCCCGGGGAGGCCCUGUCGGGGGCGGCCAAACUCCUGAAAGAGGGGGGCAAGAUCGUCAUCAGUCACCCCAAGGGAGCCGCCAACGUCAACAUGCAGCGGCGGUCGAACCCGUUGCUCGUGCCCAACCGGUUGCCGACCGCGGCGGACCUUGAAAAGGCCUGCGGGGCGAUUCCGUCCCUGAAAGCUGCGGGUAUGCAGGUUCAAGACGGGGGACAGCGGCGGUCGGGACUGGGGUACCUACAGGUUUUGCAAAGGCCUUGAAAUCACAUGCAAGUCGCAGCGCGAAAGAAGGAAGCGAGGUAUUAAGCGGGGUCACCAGCUGCGAAUCAACUUGUGUCUUGCAGUGUGUGCGACGACUGGGCAGGGGGGGGAGGGUAACCGUUGAGAUUUAUAUCCUUGGACAUAUCCUAGUUGCGUACUUUAAUUCGCGCCCCGAGACAUGGGGGGCCGCGGAGGAGACCGAACGGAGCGUGACUUCAUCACUAGUGUUCUAGGGUUGUGUAGAAAUAUGGCUGUCUGCCUGCACUGCUUGAGAGGGUCUCAAGUCUGAUUGCCCCCCGCGGAGGGGGGUCAUGUUGGCAGUGGCUUUGUGUAUUUUUUUGCUUGUGCUUUUCGAUUGGGUGGGUGUGCUCUUUCAUUUUUUAACGCGCCGUGCGGUGUGUGUGUGCUGCCUGUUUUCCGCCAGGGAGUAUGCGAACCAGACGUCCUGCUUGCACAUGUUGAUUUUGUUGUUGUUAUUGUUGUUGAUGUUUUAUGUGCAUGAAAUCACGGGUCUUGUUCCCGUUUUCGUUUUGCGUGUUUGACUGUGUUGUGCCGAAGGAAAUAUCGGGACGUAGUCUCUUGCAUAGGCAAAGACAGAUAAGGGGAAAGAACUGCGAGACAAAUGUGAGCACGAGCGGUUGUCUUGUUUCGGUCACGAGUCUAGAGGGGGGGGGUAUUUGUCUCGGGUGGGGGUAUUUUCACGACGCCCGCCCCCUGUCUGUCUUGCUCGUUCUCUUGCGUUUUUUGUAGGAUCAACACCCUCCGCCAGACUGGCGCGCACCUCACUUGCUGCACAGCGUCGUCGUCGUUCGUCAUGCGACGUGCGGAGAAUGUUUGGCUUGCGUCUGGCGGGUGUACGCUAAUUCGUUUGUCGACUCCUCUCUUUAUGUAUUUUUGUUCAUCAUCAUACAGCAGGGCGGUAUGGCGGUACCGCACCACCAUCACAUGACAACAGAUGGUGGUGAGAGAGGGACAGUUCCCUUUUCGUUUUGUCGGGGGAUUAGGGAUUACUUUAGUACGUAGAGCUUCGUCGCCGUCGCCGGUUGGCUUUCUCGCACGUACAUACAGUCAGUCGUGCGUGCCGUAGUUGUUAGACCAUUGGCCUCGCAUCCCCACAAAGCCGGGACGGAGCACGCCGGGUUCUCACUGGACCAGGCUCUCACAUCACCAAGCGCGAAGCGCCGUGAGGUAUUCCGCGAGUCGAUUGAAGGGUGCGAAGGCUGUUAGGCAUCUUGUGCUUACUUCCUUGCGUACGGAUGACAGCUGCGAAUGACUUACUAUAUUUUCUGGUGCUUCCACUUCCAGAGAAAGGUGCGGGCACCAUCUGUACUCGACCACCAUACGUAUGGUUACCGCAAAAAAUGCCAAAGGCAAGAAAAAACGGUAACCUGGUUGUCGAGCUCACGAAGUGAUCGGCUUGUUCUACAACGUCUUUGCCCAGCGACGAAAACCCAACCCCGAUGGCAAACACCGGAGGAGGGGAGGGGAGGGGAGGGGGGGAACAAAUGGGUUUCGCGGCCGGUUCAAUGUAUACAUCGAAGAGGGCAUAAACGCCGAGUUGGUGCAACAGCGCGCCUUUCUUCGUAGAGUCCGUCCGGUUAAAUUUUGCCACCAUCUCCUGAAAUCACCUUGGGAAUUGUUUUGAGUGACUGACGUACCCCCUAGUGACAUACUUUAUAUCGUAAGAAAGCUCUGUUUCCGGCGGAUCGUUUGGAUGGAGCUUUUUUUUUUUUUUUGUUGGCGAGAAAAUCACGAUUCCGUGGAGAUUUUGGACGAUUUUGGUUAGUUUUAUUUGGUCGAGUGUGAGGUCAUAUAUUUUUUUUUAGACCGGUUUUGAACGUAUCACGCCCAGGGGCUCACGGCGACACAACUCAGCUUUAUUUUCGCUAAUAAACAACGGAGAU